CAAACUCAUCCUCCUUGAUAAACAAUAACAUAAAAAAAAUAAAAUUGAAAAAAAUGGCAAAAGUUCAAUCUGCACUCCUCAUCGCCGCUGUCAUUUUCUUAGUCUCCAUGCUCGGCGUCUCCGGCGCUGAAAAACCUGCCGCCGGAAAAUCUCGCUACAAGGUCACCGGAACAGUUUACUGCGACGUGUGUCGCGCCAAAUUCGUCACCAGAGUCGCAGAAAGGAUGCCGGGCGCGAAGGUGAAGCUGGAGUGCCUGAACACCACCAACGAAAAGGUGACGUACAGCUUGGAGGGCGAAACCGACAAGAACGGCAUGUACCACCUGGAGGCGGAGGGCGACCACGACGAGGACGAAAUCUGCGGCGUGAAGCCGGUGAAAAGCCCGAAAGAAGAUUGCAGCGAGGUGAUAAAGGACAUGUGGGCAAAAGAGUUCACUAGAGUCACCCUCACCGCCAAUAACGGCUUGGUUACCGAUACCCGUAAAGUAAACCCUAUCUUGUUCCUCAAGACCAAGCCCAUUGCUGUUUGCGCUGAAGUCUUCAAGGAAUUGCAUUACAUCCCAGGAGAAAACGUCCAUCCUUGAACAAAGAUCUCAGUUUUACUAGUCGCCUCACAAAAGAAAUAAUCCAGCAUAUAUGGUUUUUUAGACCAUUCUAUGUAACACAUUAUAUAUAAUACUAUAAGCUCUUUUUUUUUUUUUUUUUAUGUAUCUGAAUUUGUGUCAGUUCUCUCAAAAAGUAUUAUAUUUUCUCACAUUCCGAGGCA